AGGGAGUUCCAGAACAUGUUAUUGGUUAAAGGUAGUGGUGACAUGGCAUGAAACCAUUGGUGCAGCUGCUAUAACACUAACAUGAAAAUUCAGCCGGACAAGAAACACUCUCACCUCAUCCACACACAAUAAUAUCCAACUCUCUUCACCUUCAUCAAAACACUAGCCGCACUCCAUGGCCACCGUCAUCGAAUCCAUCGCCGUCGUCCCUCGCCCUUCUUCUGUCACCCGGAGUCCUCUCAAGUUCUCGCGUUACGUGGCCCUAACACUCAAGCCCAAGCCCAGGCCCAUUUUCACUGCUACGCCUACUUUCAGAACCGCUACCCGCACUUCACGUGUAGUGUGCGAAGCCCAGGAUACCGCUGUCGAUGUGGCUCCUAUAACUGAAGCAAAUUGGCAAUCACUUGUGCUUGAAUCUGAUUCACCCGUUUUGGUUCAGUUUUGGGCUCCAUGGUGUGGUCCAUGCAGAAUGAUCCAUCCUAUACUUGAUGAACUAGCAAAGCAGUAUGCUGGGAAACUCAAGUGUUACAAACUCAAUACCGAUGAGAGUCCUUCAACUGCUACGCGCUACGGAAUUCGAAGUAUCCCAACUGUUAUGAUCUUUAAAGAUGGUGACAAGAAAGACACUGUUGUUGGAGCUGUGCCCAAGUCGACUCUAACAUCCACCAUAGAAAAAAUCUUAUAAGCACUUAGUUUAGUCAAUGUCUUAAAUCUCCUCCAAAAAUAAUUCAUGAUGAACGGGAAGAGAUGUCAACUUCUUAUACCAUUGUGUACUAGUCUGUUUAAGGCCAUAAAGAAAUUGGCAAUCACUUGUGCUUGAAUCUGAUUCACCCGUUUUGGUUCAGUUUUGGGCUCCAUGGUGCGGUCCCUGCAGAAUGAUCCAUCCUAUAUUUGACCGCAAAUGGCUUACCAACAGCGCUUUCUCUCCUCCCACAAUCACCAACUUACCAUUCUUAACAAAUUUGAGUUUCUGAUGCAGAGUAGACGUGACAGCACCAGCCUCAAUGAGGAGAGGUUAGAUUCAGUUCUUUUUAAUUGAAUUAAAUAGCAAAACAAACUGAUUCCUUUAAGAUUUUCCUGGCAGGUCAUUCACUUGGAGUUCAUUGGCUGAAGACUAAUGCCAAUAAUGGCUUAUUGCCUGACCUCUGUAGGUGAUCCAGGAACAGACGAAUCGUUUCGGACAUGCGCCGCCCCAUGUGCAUAACCAGCCGCGUCUUCUGGGCAUGCUGGAGAAACAAGCCUGUACAAGUAAUGGCGAAGUCCCUCCCACGCCCAAGCAUCAUGUAGCUUUUAUUGUCAAGAUCCUCACAAAAUUGGCUUCUGCAGGGAAACUAAUAAUUUUGUAAUUGGAACUGAAACGUGGAUGUUGGUUCGGUGUCGAUGCUAAGUCGAGUUGUCUUUACUGCUAGUGUGCUUGGAAUGGUAUGAAGACAAGUCAGUACAACCACCAAAUGUUAAUUUCCAUUAGGGGUGUUAGGUGAGUUAGAAAUGUGGGUUUUGGUUGCGUAUUUUGGCGGUUUUGUUAUUCAUUCUGUCAUGGCAGGAUCGCAUGGUCGUUUAAAAGUUAACGAUUAUUAUGUCGUCAAUUGUUAUUGUUUGUUUAGUGUGAGGAUACUUGUGAGCUGAUGUUGUGCAGGUAUGAUGAGGAUAAAAUCAAUUAUGUUAUGAAUAUGUGUCGGUACUGUCGUAUUGGAUGGUGGCGAUCGUUUGUUUUAUCAUGGUGGUUAUGAAUAUAUGCAGUUAUGCGAAUGUGUUGUAGCUA